UGUAACACCGUAUAACUGCUUCCUUUUUCCUCUUCAUUUUUUCCUAUUACGUUAUCCAUCACUACACCUUCACACAACUCGCCGGUGCGUCAAAAAUUCAACCUUACCUAUGGACGUUCUUCUUCCCUACACUUCCUUCCGUUCCGUAAAUCUGAAGCCGGAAUCCUCCCGAAGUUUCCUUUCGACGAAUCGAAACCGUCGCUUUUCCGACCUCUUGAAAUGUCGCCCAAAAAUGAUCUCGACUGAGCUUCAGGCUGCUGUUGACGUCGCCGGCAGGACCGACAACGGUUCUGCUUCAAUUCCGACUCAUAAGGUUACUGUUCAUGAUAGAGAGAGAGGCGUUGUUCAUGAAUUCGUUGUUCCUGAGGAUCAGUACAUAUUGCACACUGCCGAAGCUCAGAGCAUAUCCCUUCCUUUUGCUUGCAGGCACGGUUGUUGUACUAGUUGUGCUGUUCGAAUAAAAUCAGGCCAAAUUAGACAGCCUGAAGCCCUUGGAAUAUCUGCCGAGUUGAAAUCAAAGGGGUAUGCACUUCUAUGCGUAGGUUUUCCAACCUCGGAUGUUGAAGUAGAAACACAAGAUGAGGAUGAGGUAUACUGGCUUCAAUUUGGAAGAUAUUUUGCCCGGGGGCCAAUUGAGAGAGAUGACUAUGCUCUGGAAUUGGCUAUGGCUGAUGAGUAAACUAUUGAUCCUGGAGGAUCUAUGGACUGAGACAUGAAUGGUCAAUGUCAGCUUGAAGAACUCCAAGCAGAAGAGGAAAAUCAAUGGAAAAUCAGAUUCCCUUAUCAACUUACUCUUUGCUGCUCAAUAAUUCAGGUCCCCCACUCCUUUCUCCAAAUCGUUAUAAUGCUUGACCUUCAAAACUGUGGUGCCUAUUGCAAGCUUGCCUUGUUUUGUCUCCACUUUAGUCCCCUUCACAUGCAUGAUUAUGAUCUUUUGUAUGCCAAUGGCGACCCAUGUACCGUUCUGUUCUAAUCAAAGUCAAUUGUUAUAUAACAACGUAUCAAACCAUCUAUUUUAACUGA